GUUGUUGACAGUCUAGCUCCGAUUCAAAAGAGGAUCAGACACACUCGUCCGACAUUGCUGAAGCAAGGCGUCGAACUUUUUAGUUAUUUUUCGGCUGUUUUGGGGCCCCGUUCGUCGCUGGACAUGGCCGCUCACCUGAAGGAGGAGGCGAAGAAGGAGAUCCCCGAGGUGAUAUGCGACGCGACCACCGGGAAGAAGUACCAAAGGGGCAAAUUCCUCGGCAAGGGAGGCUUUGCAAGAUGUUACGAACUCAUAGAUUUAACCACAAAAGAAAUCUUCGCCGGAAAGAUUGUGGCGAAAUCCCUCUUGUUGAAGCCCCACCAAAAGGAUAAAAUGGCACAGGAAAUCUCUAUUCACAGAAGUCUUAAGCACAAGCAUGUUGUCGGCUUUCAUGGGUUUUUUGAAGACUCGGAUAAUGUGUAUAUCAUUUUGGAACUGUGUCGGCGAAGGUCUUUAAUGGAGCUACACAAACGUCGCAAGGCUGUAACGGAACCAGAGGCCCGUUACUUUCUCAAACAGAUUCUCUUAGGUGUCAAGCACUUGCAUGACAGACAAGUCAUCCAUAGAGAUCUCAAGCUAGGCAACUUGUUUUUGAAUGACGAGAUGGAACUCAAGAUCGGAGACUUUGGUCUGGCGACCAAAGUUGAUUAUGAAGGAGAGAGGAAAAGAACUUUAUGUGGUACCCCGAACUACAUCGCCCCAGAAAUAUUAUGUAAAAAGGGCCACAGUUACGAAGUUGAUGUUUGGUCUAUAGGUUGUAUAUUGUACACUUUGUUAGUGGGUAAACCUCCCUUUGAAACCCAGACCCUGAAGGACACGUAUAUGAGAAUCAAGAAGAACGAGUACCACGUUCCUUCGAGAAUUGGACCGCUGGCUCGGACCCUCAUCACGAAGUUGCUUCAGGGGGAUCCCUCGAAGAGGCCAAACGUAGACUCCAUCAUUAGUGACGAUUUCAUGACGAUGGGUUACAUUCCAACACGUCUUCCUACAUCUUGCCUCACCAUGGCUCCGAGAUUCGAUUCGAGGUGCACUGUCGUUGCUACUAGAAGGCCGUUAGUUGAGAUAAAUGCAAAAGAUGGAUCACCGCUGAAGAACAAGGAAGCAGUCAAAAAGGGAGAUGGCACACCAUCUAAGAAUGCAGGAAACAACCAAAACGGGAACCAGCCAUCUGAACAGCAAGCAAACACAGGUGUCCAGCAGCAGAGACAAGAGGAGCCAACAGACUGUUAUCUCAGGGACUUAUACACUCAGGUCACUGCCGUGGUUUCCUCGAAGCCGGAUGAACGGGAAAAUGUCAAUGAAGAUGAGUGUGAGGACCCAGCUGCAGUACCCAUGAUUUGGGUCAGCAGGUGGGUGGAUUACAGCGAUAAGUACGGCCUCGGCUACCAGCUCUGUGACGACUCCAUUGGUGUCCUCUUCAAUGACUUCUCAAAGCUCCUGCUCCUUGCCGAUGGAGACAACAUUCACUACAUCGAGCGCACGGGGGCUGAACACUAUCACCAGCUGAAGAAUUAUCCGUCAACCUUGGAUAAAAAGGUCACUCUCUUGAGGUACUUCCGCAACUACAUGAACGAGCACCUCCUGAAGGCUGCUGCUGCCAUGUGCCCCAGAGAGGGAGACGACCUAGCACGUAUACCUUCUCUCAGAACUUAUUUCAGAACAAGAUCUGCUAUUAUUCUUCAUCUUACAAAUGGGACACUUCAGAUCAAUUUCUUUGAAGAUCACACUAAGAUCAUCUUAUGUCCUCUCAUGGGGGCUGUUACAUACAUUGACGAGAGAAAGAACUUCAGAACUCUUAAGCUCUCAAGCAUAACAAAGUAUGGAUGCAAGCCAGAACUGGCAAACAGACUGCGCUAUGCACGUUGCAUGAUCCAGAAGCUGAUGUGCGUCAAGACUUCAACAAUGAAGAGUACCGUCUCGUCAGGUUCAUCCCAAAGCUCGCAAGCCGCAACUUCCUAAGAACUGUAUGUUUAAGAAGAAUGUGUUCUCCUGUUUUAGUCAGCCUCUUGAUUAAGCCUCUCAUACUGUGUACCAUGUUAUCCAUGGGUGUGUAGUCUUAUGUAGACAUAACUUUUUUUUUUUUAUUUAUCAUAUUUUCAAGUGCUUUACAUUCAUUUAAAAGCAGGUUUUGACUACUGGACCAGUUAGUUCUUCCACACAUGACUGGUUUAUCACAAGUUUUAUAUACCACUUGCAUUACUAGUCUGCUCUCAUAGUUCAUAAUCCAUUGCAACAUUUUUGCUUUGAACUUUUCAGUUUUUUCAUAUUGACAAACUUCCCCCUCUUUGUUUAUGAAAUGAUUACAGUAGUUUCACCUUCAGAUAUAUCAUUUGACAUGUGAGCUUAAUUGUAUAUAAAGUUAAAUAAGCCUAUUUUUUAAAAGAAAUAAGUUACAAAGCCACAGAAAUCUUUAAUAAGUCAAGUUAAACCCUAUCGGAUGGUUAAGAGUAAAGUCUUGUUCCUAGUGUUUACAAUAUAGGAUUCCUUCCUGCAGAGUACCUGAAUAGGAUCUUUUGUUAACAGGAAGAAAAAUGGAGCAAGACUGACCAUAUCUUUAGCUGUACCUAAAUCAUGAAGGGGCUGAAUAAUAAAGUAAUACAUCAUUUCACUGUGAUAGAUGCUAUCAUUGCUCAUUGCAGGUCAUACCAUUAUCACUGCCAUUUUAGCAUAAGAUAUGUCAUAUAAACCAUUGCCACAAAGCAGCUGGAAAGUCAUAACACUAGCACUUAAUAGUGUAUGUGGCUUUUUGCAUUGUACUGUACUAGUGAAUAUGCAUAUUUUUCCCUAACAUUUAAAUGUAUUUUUGAGAUGGUGAAAAAAUCCACAUUAAGCAUUCAUUCCCAUUUUAACCUCCGAGGUAUAAAAUGUACUUGUUGUGUUUUUAUGAUUUUCAUAUACUACAUAUAUGUUUUAAUUUAUAGUGUAUCAUAAUCCUUUAAAUGGUUAAUAGCUGCUCGAUGAAGCAGGCCAUUAUCAUUGGGCCCUACAACUCCAGCAUUAUUUGUUAAGAAGAACUUUUAAGUUUCUGUUUUGUUAUAUUUUGGGGUGCCAGAUUUAAGGAGUUUCUCUUGCUAAAAAAAAAGAGAUUGUGCUCUCUUUCCAUUUCUUGCCAGUUAAGGGGAACAGAUUUUUAUGACGGUGGGCCGCUGAUGAUCUUGCUUGCUUCUGAAAUUUCAGGGUGUAAGCUCCCCAAACUUUGUGCCUGUAUAUUAUUUGUCUUUAGUUAGUUUGGGGACUAUAUACAAAUGUUAACAGUGCCUGAAGAAUCUGCAGUGAGAUGGAGUGUGUACAAUGCUGUACUUGUGAAUCUUGUCCAAGUUUAACAGAGGACCCUGUAGACAAGUUUGCAGUGCAUGACUUUAUUUGGUAAACAAGACCACUACAGUCUUGCAAUAAAAACAACUGUUAAGUUUUGCCAUGAAAUUCUCUCUCCUUAAUCAUAAUAAAAUUUUAAUUAGCCAAGCCCAUCAGCUUUGGUUGCAAACAUUUUGAAAAAACAGGCUAACAUAAAAAGUUUAUUUUUUUUUUUUUGUACAUCGUAAACUUAAAAGUGCCUUGGCCUGUUAAGAUAUUGUCAUAAUGGUGUAUAAUUUGUAGGACUGUAAUAUACUCUAUAUAUUUUGAAUGAUUGAUAUAGAGUAUGUAUAGCAAGUUAACACUGUUCUGCUGUGAUAAGCAGGAAAUUAUAAUUAUAAGUAGGAAUAUAUUUUUAAUACUAAAAAAGGUUUGCCCAAAUAUUUAGGUUAAUUUUAGUCCUGUGAAUAUAACAAUAAAUGUUUAAAAAUUUU